AUGGCGAGUGUUCCAAGAUCCACAGUCUUCUUCUCACACCUCUUCGUCUACCUUUCCUUCUUCCUUCACGCUUCCCCAGGGACAGACGAAAUCGACCAAGUCCUCUCCCACACACGACACGAAGACCAUCUUCAAGAUCCAAAAGAUGAUCCAACUCUCAACCUACGAUUUCACGUCAAAUGGAAAGGUUAUUCACAUAUACAUAAUACAGACGAAGUUUAUUCUUUCUUGAAAGGUUUCAAAGGUUUUAAAAAAGUAGAAAAUUACAUAACGAAAAUCUGGAUGAUUGAACAACAAUUCUUAAAUCCUUCUAUCGAUGCUCAAUGGAAACCGAGUAGAGAAGAAUUAGAACAAUAUGAUAUUGAUCGUGAAAGGAUUAAAGAAUUACAAGCUAGUUGGAAAAUUGUCGAAAGGGUUUUAGAUGAGAAAGAAGAUGUUAGAGAUGGUCAAAGGGUUUCUCUGUUUUUCUGUAAAUGGACUAACCUUCAAUACGCAGAAAGCACCUGGGAAACAUACGAAGAAAUCCGAGAAACAGCUCAAUCGGCUAUCGACGAAUUUCACGCUAGACAAUCACGUACCACACUACCCGCUCGGUCAGCCGCUUAUGCUUUGACAAACAGACCUGCGUAUCAAAAGAUUACAGAAGAUCCUCCGUAUUUGAAAGAUCAUGGGGAACUGAAACCGUUCCAAUUGACGGGUUUGAAUUGGUUGGCUUAUUUGUGGUGUAAGGGUGAGAAUGGGAUAUUGGCUGAUGAGAUGGGUCUCGGCAAAACAGUUCAAUCCGUUUCCUUCUUAUCUUACCUAUUCCACACACAACAUCAAUACGGUCCCUUCCUCGUCGUCGUCCCCCUUUCGACCAUAUCAGCGUGGCAAUCUCAAUUCCGUAUUUGGGCCCCAGACCUAAACGUUGUGAGCUACAUGGGAUCCGCCGCAUCUCGCGAGGUCAUCCGACAAACUGAAUUCGGUCCAUUACGAGCACUCCGUUUCAACGUCCUUUUGACAACAUACGAAUUCAUCCUCAAAGACCGGGCGGAUUUGGGACAAAUCAAAUGGCAAGCUUUGGCAGUGGACGAAGCGCACAGAUUGAAGAAUCAUGAAUCUCAAUUAUACGAAGCUUUGAAGAGUUUCAGUACCGCAAGCCGGCUGUUGAUCACGGGUACACCUUUGCAGAAUAACGUCAAGGAGUUGUUGGCUUUGAUGCAUUUCUUAAUGCCGGAGAGAUUCCAAUUGGCAAAUGAUUUCGACCUUACCGACGUCGACCAAGAAGCCAAGAUCAAAGAUCUUCACGAGAAGCUCGGUACGUUGAUGUUGAGAAGAUUAAAGAAAGACGUGGUGAAGGAAUUACCCACAAAAUCGGAGAAGAUCUUGAGGGUGGAAUUGUCCCCGAUGCAAACUCAUUAUUACAAGAUCACGAACUUUGCCGUGUUGAGUAAAGGUGGGACUCAACAAGUCAGCUUGAUGAAUAUUGCAAUGGAGCUCAAAAAGGCUUCAAAUCACCCUUAUCUCUUCGACGGUGCUGAAGAUCGCUCCAAAUCGAUCCACGAAAUACUCCGCGGGCUCGUGAUGAACUCUGGCAAAAUGGUGCUCCUCGAUAAACUUCUCACACGUCUCAAAGCGGACGGUCAUCGAGUACUUAUCUUCUCUCAAAUGGUCCGUCUGUUAGAUAUAAUCAGCGAUUAUCUUUCAGCUAGAGGAUACGUCUUUCAAAGACUUGAUGGAACUGUUCCGAGUGAUGUGAGAAAGAAGAGUAUAGAACAUUUCAACGCUCCAGGUUCGCCGGAUUUCGCCUUUUUGCUUUCUACCCGUGCUGGGGGGUUGGGAAUCAAUUUGGAGACGGCCGAUACUGUCAUUAUCUUUGAUUCCGACUACAACCCUCAAAACGACCUGCAGGCAAUGGCGAGAGCACACCGGAUUGGUCAACAAAGACAUGUCAGUAUAUAUCGUUUCGUGUCGAAAGGUACGAUCGAGGAGGAUAUUUUGGAACGAGCGAGACGGAAGAUGAUCUUGGAGUAUGCGAUCAUCAACCAAGUCGACACCACCGGUGGACACAUCAACGGUACCUCCACACCCCGUGACAAGCCCGGGGAAUUCUCGAAAGAAGAGCUCUCAGCCAUGUUAAAAUUCGGCGCUCAGAGUAUUUACAAAACCGACGAAUCUGCUCAAUCCAAGAAACUCGACGAAAUGGAUCUCGACGAUAUCCUCACAAAAGCCGACGCUUUCGAUACGGAAUCCGCCGCUCAACCCGGUGGUACUUCCCUUGGAGGUGAAGGUUUCCUCGCUUCCUUCGCCGCCAUCCAAGAUGUGAAGAACGAUCCUCUUGAUGAGUUGAGUUGGGACGAGAUCAUCCCCGCUGAGGAAAGGAUCAAGGCGGAAGAGGAAGAGAUCAAGACGAGCAGUACCGAUGCGAUGGUACAGAGUUCUAGGAAACGUGCGGCGGCGAGACCACCGGGGACUUACGAAGGUAUGGAUAAUGAUAUUGGUGAAGAUGGAAGUAAACCGGGUAGUCCUAGUGAUAAAAAGGCAAAAACACCAGGCGCGCCGAGGAAGAGUAAUGCUCAAAAGGCGUUAGAAUUGAAGGAAAGGGAUUUGAGAGUGUUGAUUCGGGGUAUACAGAAAUGGGGAGAUAUUCGCAGUAGGUAUGAUAUUAUAGUCAAAGAAGCAAAACUGGAAAACAAAAACCGAGUCAUCAUCAUCCAAACCUGCGAAGACGUCGUCUCCGAAGCCGAAGCCGCCGUGGCUAAACACAAAGCUCACCUCCGUUCACUUCAAGAUCGAGGUGAACCCAUCUCUUCAUCCCUUCGACAAAAAGCAGUCUUGUUUUCAUACAACUCUGUAUCUUCCAUCAACGCCGAAACUGUCGUCGCCAGAUACUACGAGCUAAAAGCUGUCGUGGAGCAUUUCAAACGGGUCGAAGAUAUAACAACGUAUCGCAUCCCUAAUGACAGUAUCAAACCUACUCAGAAUUGGACGGUGGAAUGGGGUCCGGAAGAAGAUACAAAGUUGUUGAUUGGGAUUUGGCGACAUGGCUUCGGGAGUUGGGAACAGAUUUCGCAGGAUGGACAAUUGAAUUUGACCGAAAAGAUGUUUUUGGAGGAUCCGAAGGUUGCGAAGAGCACUACUAAUGAGAAACCGGGUAUACCUGGACCUAUACAUUUGGUAAGGAGGGGUGAUUAUUUGUGCAGUCUCAUAAGAGAAUACGAAGAAAAUCGUAGGGUGAUGAUAGAACAACAAAAGCUCAUCGAGCAAAUGCCCGUCAAGGAAGGGUUCGGAUACGAACAACCAGUCUUACAGGUCCGUCUACCCAGUAUGUCCUCUACACCCGGUGCGGGACCUAGCAAAGCGAGAACGUCGGCUGUGGUGGAUGAUAGUUUGCUGGCCAGUGGUAAAGAAGGAAAGGCGAAGAGGAGAAAAACUCCAGAGUUCACAGAUUCGGAAGAUGAGGAUAGUUGCUCAUCAAUGGACGAAAAUGCAGUCAAAAAUCUUCUCCGACCGGUCAAGAAGAGUUUGAAAAAGCUCAAGAAUGGGACGGACAGUCUGUCAAGAGAUGAGAAAAUUGCCGCCUUGAAAGAAUGUCUGUCAGCUAUAGGAACUCAGAUCGAGAAGGCCUUGGUGGAGAAGGAAGCGGAGGGGGCGGAUGUUGCCAAAUGGAGAAAACAUUGUUGGGUUUUCGCAUCGUUCUUCUGGCCUCGACAAGGAGUAUCAGCUUCCAAGCUCAUGGACAUCCAUCAAAAGCUUUCCUUCACCACCGACCAAACCAAAAGCAAAGACGAAACGCAAGUCUGA